AUGGCUCUGCGCACACCUUUGAUGCGCGCCGCGGGGCGAGCUACGGGGCGAGCUACACGGACGGCGACCGCCACACCUGCUCUCUCGGCAUACAGCGCGCAAUGGAGGAGAGGCAAUGCGACUGUCGCCCCCGUCACGCAGAGCACCGGCUCGAAGAAGGGCACUGCCAUGGUCUUCAUGAACAUGGGCGGGCCAUCGACCACAGACGAAGUGGGCAGCUUCCUGAGUCGGCUAUUCGCCGAUGCUGACCUCAUCCCCCUCGGCCGCCUCCAAAACUACAUUGGGCCUCUGAUCGCGCGACGACGGACGCCCAAGAUCCAGAAGCAGUAUGCCGAGAUUGGUGGAGGUUCGCCCAUCAGGAAGUGGUCGGAGCACCAAGCCGCAGAGAUGUGCAAGAUCCUCGACCAAACGUCGCCAGACACGGCCCCCCAUAAGCCCUAUGUCGCCUUCCGCUACGCAGACCCCCUGACGGAGGACAUGUACAAGCAGCUGCUGGCGGACGGUUUCGGCGGUGGCAACGGUGGCCGAGCUGUUGCCUUCACUCAGUACCCGCAGUACUCGUGCUCCACGACAGGAUCAUCGCUCAACGAGCUGUGGAAGUGGAGGACCAGACUGGAAGGCAAGCGGGGCACUGGAGAGGUCGAGGAGAAGGGCGCAAUCAACUGGAGUGUCAUUGACCGCUGGCCGGCACACCCUGGUCUCGUCGAGGCUUUCGCCGAGCACAUUGAGAAGAAGCUGCUCGAGUACCCAGCUGAGCGAAGGGACAACGUCAUCUUGCUCUUCUCAGCGCACAGUCUGCCCAUGUCGGUGGUCAACCGUGGCGACCCGUACCCAGCCGAAGUCGCAGCGACCGUGUACGCGGUCAUGCAGCGACUGGGCAUGAAGUACAAGUACCGUCUGGUGUGGCAGUCGCAGGUGGGGCCGCAGCCCUGGCUCGGCGCGCAGACGUCGGACACGGUCAAGAACCUGAUGAAGAAGGGCCAGACAGACAUGUGCCUGAUCCCGAUUGCAUUCACCAGCGACCACAUUGAAACGCUGUACGAACUGGACCAGGAGGUGAUUGGCGAGGACGCCGAAGGACACGAAGGCGUCAAGCGCGUCGACAGCCUGAACGGUAGCCCUACCUUCAUCAAGGCGCUCGCAGACCUGGCCAAGUCGCACUUGCACAGCGGCGAGGCAUGCAGCCCUCAGAUGAUUCUGAGGUGCCCUGGGUGUACGAGCGAGAGGUGUCUGGCGCAGAAGGAGUUCUUUGCCAGGCAGUCUGGGCAGGACAAGCAGGAGGCGGCAGCGGCGUAG